AAGAGCGACUCCUACACACACACUCAUCUUGACUCGUCCAGCUGCGGCACGCCGUAAAGCAGAGAUUUGGGCAUUGUCGAAAAUACUGACGAAACGUGAUUGCGAUAGAUAAGGACUUCACUUUGUUUGGAACACAUUUCCAUUUAGGUACUUUCUACAGUUUCUUGACUUUCUUCAGUUACCGUCGUCUCGCUGAAAACUGAGAUGAGGACUCUUUGGUUGUUGUUACUGGUCGGGCUGGCUCCUGGAUUCAUAAGUGAAAAAAUGCUGGUCUCCUCUCAGUCCCUCUCAUUUGUUGGUGAUGACCUUUACAUAGAGGGUCAAACAUCAGGUGACCUCCCGGUUGAUGAUGAAGACGGGGAGGACUUUGGCUCAGGUUCUGGAUCCGGAGACUAUGGCAACGAGGACAAGGAGACAACUAUCCUUACCACAUUUGUUGACUCGAACAAAAGCGAAGAAAUAGAAAUGCAUCCAACUCGGGCAACAGCAAGCUCUACUCACUAUCAACCCACUAAAGCAGCAGACAGCCGCAAUCCGUCGACCACAGUGACAGACAGCGGAACAACAGAAAACAAUGAGGCCACCAAGGACAAGGAGGUGCCAGAAAAAGGCCCGACAGCUGACUGGUUCACAAAUGCUCCUAGUCCCAGCUCCACCUCUGUAAGCAAGAAGAUGAGAGAACCAGACGAGGACAACAGCCUGGAAAGAUGGGACAAUUCCUUCGCCACCAAAGACGGUGACAAAGAUGAAGUCAAAGAUGAAGUUCUAACAAAUGAAAUUCUCGUCAGUCGAGGCAGCAGAAGAUAUGACUCUCCUGAUGAUGUGACAUCUGAGAGCAUGUGGGAGCGAACAGAGGUGCUAGCUGCGGUGAUAGCUUGUGUGGUGGUCGGAUUGCUUUGUGCCAUCUUCCUCCUUGUCCUCCUCGCCUACCGCAUGAAGAAGAAGGAUGAAGGGAGCUAUGACCUCGGGGACAGCAAACUUUCCACAUCUUACAAGAAAGCACCAACCAAGGAGUUUUACGCCUAAACUGGCAAAUAGGGACUAUGAAUAGAUAUCAUCAGUUGCCAGUUUGGACUGAUAACAGAUCAAUAAUAUCCCCCACACACACCCUUCUCGAUCUUGAACAGCAGAGAACUCCCCUGCUCGUGUCUACCGUCAGCUAUCACUAUUCACAAUUGCUAUUCAUGUCAUGAUUCUUACACAGAAUGGAAAAAUCAAAUGCAAUGCAUUCAUAUUAUUCCAAGCUGAAAAAGGAGUUAAAGGGUGUCUAGAGUUUCACAGGACCACAGCCAUUGUAUUUAAAAAAAAAAAAAAAGUCUAUUCAACACUGUGCCUUAAACCCACACUGCCCGUUUUAGAUAGCUGUAAUGGUGUCAGCUGGGCGAAAUAGUCAUGAGGAAGUAGUUGACUGAAACAAAAAAGUAGGACGCCUCCAUUGUGUUUUAAUUGAUGUCAUAAAAUGGUACUGGUAUUCCAAAGAACCGAACAUUGAUCCCUUUGAAACUUUUUGUUCAAGGUCAGAUUUCAUGUGUUGUUACAUUUCGUUUAGCGCUUUUUGCUGACUGUUUGAAUGUUUUUUUGUUGUUGUUGUUGUUGUCAUGACUAGUGAAUAUGUGAUUCCAUAUUCUGUCCAGUAUUGGUACGUGAGAUUGGGUUUCUCUGCAGGUACAAAACUUUUUUUCUCAUAAAUCUCAUUUUGUAACUAAUCCAAAUACAUUCUCUUUGUUGUGUUUGUGAAAUUGUAGCUUGUCAUGUAUUUUAUAUUUUCAGAUUUUUGACCCAAAAGCCAUUUUAAAGAAAAAUACAAUUCCAGUCUACAUUAUAUUCCUAAUGCCUUUGCACACACAGUAUGUCGACCUCAUGUUGAACAUUCUGAAUAUUUGCAGUACUAUUUUCUGUGAUGACUGAGUGCAGCAAGCAAAGCUAAACCACAUUCCAUUGCGAUUGCCAACUGUAUGCAGCUAUAAUAACAACGUUGGCUGGUGACAGCAUCCAGAAUUGAGGGACUUUGUGCACAAUGUUUUUUUUUCAGUAAAACAAGCAACUAAAAUAAAAGCUUUACUGUAGGUGUAUAGUGGAAUAAUGCGGUACUUUGUAGGAAAAAGCUCUCUAAUAAGAUGUUAUUAUUUUUUCCAAAGAUUUUGCAGAAAUUUUGCUUUGGUUAAAAUUGAUUUCUUUUCAACCGCAUGCAAUACCUCCUACCUUUAUUCAGUUAAAUGUUUAUAAAAAUUCAAUUGCUGUUUUGCAGAACACUUGGCUCCUAUACAUUUCUCGAACAUCCUUUUAGAAAUAUAGUAAACUAGCAAUUUUUGGCUGGAAUAAACAGAAUAUUUUGAACAUUAACUAUCUGUGAUUUUAUUGUUCCCAUUGAGACUAAAGAACACAGUUUCCAAAAAGCAUGUCUAGCUUUAGCUGCAAAGAACUACAUUUAUAAUUAUACUUUUCUUAAAGCCUAGUGUAAAAAGAGAAAUCUAAAUGAAACACACAAGCGCUUUAGCUACUGUGACUUUCAUUUGAGAAGUUCUAUCGGUGAUACUAUACAGUAUGUAUUAAUUUAAUACUAUUUUAGGCUAUAAUCAAUUACAUAUAAUGUACAGUGCUUCUAUUUAUCUUUGUUCCUACUGAUCAGGUUUUUCCAAAUGUAUGGUUUAUUAUAUUACUGGUUCAUUUCAGUUAUCAGUAAACCAGAUGUAUGCAAUUGUUUUCAAUACAUGAAUGAAUACAUUUAAUAAAAGCGGAGGAAAUCAUUUUA